UAAUCGUGGUAUUGUUGGGGGAGGAAUAAAUCGUAAAGAGAAAAAGGUCGACUGCUCCCAAGUCAGACUUUCGUCUUCUUCGUCAUAAUAAAGGUAGCUGCAGACUUCUAGAGGCUGCAAAUCUUUCCUCCUACCCACAAAAUCUACGCACAGAUCGGCAGACCCAUCGGAAAACUUAUAAACCAUGUCUGGUGGUAUUGCUCGUGGCCGUCUCACCGAGGAACGAAAAGCAUGGCGAAAGAAUCAUCCCCAUGGUUUUGUUGCGAAGCCUGAGACUCUUCCUGAUGGUUCAGUGAAUUUGAUGAUUUGGCAGUGUACCAUCCCCGGUAAGGCUGGGACUGACUGGGAGGGCGGCUAUUACCCCCUCACCCUCCACUUCACCGAGGAUUAUCCAAGCAAACCACCGAAGUGCAAAUUUCCUCAGGGGUUCUUCCAUCCCAACGUUUACCCUUCCGGAACUGUUUGUUUGUCGAUCCUUAAUGAAGACAGUGGUUGGAGGCCAGCAAUAACGGUUAAACAAAUUCUAGUGGGCAUCCAGGACCUGUUGGACUCUCCCAACCCUGCUGAUCCUGCUCAGACCGAUGGAUAUCACCUCUUUAUCCAGGAUACGGUGGAAUACAAGAGAAGAGUCCGUCAGCAAGCCAAGCAGUAUCCGCCUCUCGUUUAGAAGCAAACCACGGUUUGCUAUAUCAUUUGGUUUAAUUUCGUGUAGGCCAUCUCAAUGGAUCGUUUGAUGAUUUUCUUUGACUCUUGGAUUUAACUUAUUUGGGAACCAAAAAAAAAACAAGAUUAAUCAGCUGAUGGAUGAAAGAUGUUAGUUGAUGAUUUCUUGCCAAUAGAGAUGGCAAAAACCUUUGUUUUAUCUGGUGUGGUUCUUCAGGUUCCUGUGGUUAUAUAUAUAUAUAUAUAUAUAUAUGAAAUGAAAACACAAUCCUGCAACACUACUUUUGGGGUGAGGAUUUCCUUAAUAAUGC